AUGACAGUCGACGCUGUCUUCAGUUAUAGCAGGUUCAUGGUGAGAAAGGGUGGACGAUUGGAACGGCUCCAUAAACGAACGUUGUUUGAGUGGCGGCAUGCACAUCGUCAUCCGCGACAUCGUCACCAUAGGCAGAAACGCCGACGUCACGAAAGGGAUGGUGACAUGAAAAUUGAGCAUAUACUUGCCCAGAUGGAUUCCUAUGUUCGACCACGAUUUGGACGUUCGGCUGGAUUUCCGCAAUUACUUACAUCAACCUUGAUAACACCAUCUGUUCCGUAG